AUGGCUGGGAUGGCAAGGAGCUGCGUACAAUCAAUAUUAAAGUUGGUGAACUCAGUGAAUGGGAUGGUCCGGCUGGCCAUGAUUCUGUACUACUUGUGGUUGAUUAGAGCCUGGCACAAGACCAUGGGUUACUUGCCAUUUGAAGACUCUCAUCAUCUAACCUUAUCUUGGUUCAUAUAUUUUCUUGCCCUUGGGGUUACUCUCUGUGUGAUCACAUGUUCAGGACAUAUUGCUGCAGACACUGCAAAUGGUUGUUGCCUUUAUUUGUACAUGUUGUUUGUCAUUUUACUCCUCAUGCUUGAAGCUGGAGUGACUGCUGAUAUAUAUUUAAACCAUGACUGGGAGGACUUUCCAGAUGAUCCAAGUGGGAAAUUUGAUCAACUCAAAAAAUUUGUAAGGUCCAACUUGAACAUCUGCAAAUGGGUUGGCUUAUCAUCCAUCAUCUUUUCUAUGCAGGGACUUACCUUGCUAUUGGCAAUGAUACUGAAAGCUUUUGGGUUUGGGCUUCCUCAUUAUUAUGAUAGUGAUGACGAUUAUGUUCCCGAGAGGGUUCCACUCCUGAAUCACCUGCCUCCUUAUGUCAUCGGUGACCCUGUUUAUAAGUAAAAAACAGAUGCUUGGCAUAUAAGGAUCGACAACAAGACACUACUUAAAUGGAGAAAAAUUGAACUGUCUGAUUCUUCUCUGAUAGACUGA